AUGAGAAUUCUAGAGGGUUAUCGUUCUCUUACUCCUUCAGGACCUUGUCCAUUGACUGAUGAAUUCCAACCAAUUUUAGCUGAGGUAGAUAAAACCAAGAAAGGGGGCAGAGGGUUAAAGAAAGCUGCCAAGAAAGAAACUGCGAAAGAAGGACCUUUUGAUGCUGUGAAACCUCCCUCUAAAAAGCGAAAGGCUCCUGCUGCUUCUACUGCUGCACCAAAGCGAAGGAAGCAACCAUCUAAAAGGCGAAAGUCUCCAACUCCUACAUCAUCUCAAAGUAAAGGAGAAGAUGAGCCUGUUCGCACUGAAGAACAAGAUUAUGUUCACAUUGAGGAAGUAGAACAAGUUCACAACGAACCACCUGUUCGCAGUGAGGCUCCAUCUCCGAAUCGUGAGAUACCUCCUCCACUUAAUGAUUAUGUUCAUUCUCCACCUCCCUCACCAAAAACAACUACUUCGAUCCCUAUCACCAUCACACCUCCUCCUCCACCAAUAUCAUCUCAACCACCCACCACUAUUCUAGUCUCAAUCCAUAUUUUCACAAAAUCCACCAUUUCGACCCACGCCUCUGUUGCACCUAUAAGUUCAGUCAACGUAUUUGAUAUGGGGGCUAACACUUCAGGUUUUUCAAGCCAUGUUACACCACCCAUCUCUCCCAUUCGCUCCAAUAACCCGGAAAUGAUUUUCGAACAUGAUGAAGAUGAUGAUUUGGACGGAUUCGCUUACAGUCCUUUUUAA